CCAUUAAACCAAGCCAAAGUUGAAAUCACCUUAAAAUCCAUUUGACUCAUCAUUCUCUAAGGAGCUUCAAACCCGUUCAGUUGGGGGUGCAAGAGCGUAACGACCAGCGAGAGACGGCACUAAUGGGUUCGAACGAAUUCGAACCAGGUCAGAAACAACAUGCAAUCUGCGUUCCGUUCCCGACCCAGAGCCACAUCGGAGCCAUGCUUAAGCUGGCGAAGCUCCUCCACCACAGGGGCUUUCACAUCUCCUUCGUCAACACCGAGUUCAACCACAGACGGCUCGUCCGGACUCAAGGCCUCGAGCUUGCAGACGGUACCUCUAGUGGCUUCCGGUUUCUGGCGAUCCCGGAUGGGAUUCCUCCGUCAGACGCUGAUGCGACACAAGACUUGGAGGCUCUGAGCGACGCGACGAGGAAAUACUUGGUCGGCCCAUUAUGCGAUCUCCUGUCGAGUCUGGCUUCAGAUUCGAGUGUCCCUCCGGCAACGCGGGUCGUGUCUGACGGUUUCAUGGCGCUCGCGACGAACCCCGCCGCUGCAAAAUUUGGGAUUCCGCUCGUACACAUGUGGACUAUAUCGGGUUGUGCCCUGCUGGGGCUCAUGCACCUUCGCACCCUUGAGGCAAAGGGUUUUACAUUACCCAAAGACGAAUCUAGCUUGAUGGACGCACAUCUAGACACCCCGAUCGAUUGGAUCCCGGGGAUGAAGAGAAUGAGGCUGCGCGACCUGUUCAACUUCAUCGGACUCCCUAACGGAGACAAGUUAUUCGAUUUCACCGUGGAGGUCGUCGACAGAGCAAGUGAAGCCACAUCGACAAUCGUCAACACCUUCGAAGCACUUGAACCAGACGUGCUCGGUGCUCUCUCCUCACUGCUCCCUAGGGUUUAUCCGAUCGGACCACUUCACUUGCUCAUCAAUCGAGCCCGUCGAGACGAAACAUUCGUAUCCGAGCAUAUCAAGGGCAAUCUCUGGGAAGAACACAGUGAGUGCCUCAAAUGGCUGGACUCCAAGAAGCCGAAAACCGUGAUUUACAUCAACUUCGGGAGUAUAGCAUUCGUCACGCACGAACAGUUGAUGGAGUUCGCAAUCGGCCUGGCAAAUAGUAAGCAAUAUUUCUUGUGGAUUUUCAGGCCUGACCUCGUGAAUGGAGAUGCCGUGAUCCUUCCGGUCGAGUUCGUCGAAGAGACGAAGGAGAGAGGUUUCGUCUCGGGGUGGUGCCCGCAGGAGAAAGUGCUGAGCCACCCUUCGGUUGGGGGGUUCUUGACGCACUGCGGAUGGAACUCGUGCAUCGAGAGCAUCUCAGCCGGAGUGCCGAUGCUGUGCUGGCCGAGAUUUGGGGACCAGAAGACGAACAGCAAGUACAUAUGCGACGAGUGGGAGGCUGGGUUGGAGAUUGGUAGGGGCGUGAAGAGGGACGAACUGGAGAGGCUGGUGAGGGAGUUGAUGGAUGGAGAGGUUGGGAAGAAGAUGAGAAGCAAGGCCAUGGACUGGAAGAAGAUAGCCGAAGAAGCGGUUGGUGAACAUGGGUCAUCUUCCAUGAAUUUGGACAAGUUCGUGAAGGAAGUCUCGUCUUAAAUAAUUGAACAAGGGUUGGUUUUUAUUUCUAUUUUUCCUCCUAAUAUUUGUGCUAAUAAGAUGGUGUCUAUCUUAUAUUAUGACAAACAAAUAUGAACUCGAAUGUGGUUGUUGCUGUCUGUCUUGUAUUAUGACAAUCAAAUGGGAACUCCAGUGUGGUUGUUUUGGGAAAAAGUUUCACGAUAAAGGAAGAUGUUUUUCAGGAAAAUAUUUUUCCUUUUUUAGGUUAGGAAAUUCAUUAUCAUUACUUUAAGCAUGUGUAUUCAUU